GGGGGGUGGGAGCGGAUGGGGGCGCGACGUGCGUGCGUUUCGUGUCCGUGCUCACGCUUCGAGUGCGGCGACCGGGAUCGAGCGCCGACGUCUGCCUUAUCGAAAAGGAACAAACGUUCGGGAAGAGUGAGCUCAAGCGACGGAGGAAUCGACCGCUCAGUGAGAAGUUAUCGGCGGGGGAGGAAUGGCGCGAGUGCGUCGAGCGCGCGGUGCGAGAAGAGCUCGGAAGUGCGUUGAAGGAUGACUGGAGCGUGGACAUCGUCGACGACACCUACAGAUUGUGCGUCGCCGAGGAGAUAUCCGUCUCCUACCCCGGGCUGCGCUCUCGAUUCGCCCUCCAUCGCGUCGACGCCAUCGUUCACGGUCUACCGGACGAGGAUGAGUUCGAAUCCGUCGAGGAGACGCCGCGCGGGCAACUUCGCGCGACGUGGAAGUUUGAAAAGUUCAACUGGGACGACGGUUCGAGCGAGGCGGCGCGCUGA